AUGCAGUACGGCACGGUGGACGCGUCCGGCGUCCUGUGGAAGAGCACGAGCGUCGGCAAGUUCUCCGAGCCCGAGAGCGAGACCACAUGGGAGUCCUUCUCCAAGGCGGCCGCCAAGUACAAGGAGAACGAUUGCGUCGGCGAGCGCGCAAUCGUCUCACAUACCGUGACCGACAAGGGGUUCGACAAAUUCGAACUCGGAGAGUACUCCUUCAUCUCUUACUCUGCGUGGUAUGCCCGCUGCGAAGCCCUCGGCUCAGGGCUGGCCUCUCUCCCCGAGCUCUCGCAUAAUUGCAAGGUCGUCAUUUACGCCGACACGCAGAUGCUAUGGAUGCAGUCCGCCUUCGCUUCGUGGCGGCAGGGCUACGUCGUGGGAACGAUUUAUGCGACGCUUGGCGAGGAGGGCGCGCUCUAUGGCAUCAACCAGUCUGGGUGCGCCCUCCUCAAGAUCCUCGGCAACAUCGCGUCCAAGUGCACGGUGCUGAAGCGCGUCGUCGUCUUCAGGUCUGAGGACUGCGAGGGUGCGACCGUCGAGAAGAUCAAGGCCGCGGGCAUCGAGGUCUCGUCGCUGACCGAGCUCGAGGAGAAGGGCAAGGCUUCUCCCAAGCCCGCGACGCCAGCCAGCGGCACAGACACGGCGGUCCUGAUGUACACGAGCGGGACGACGGGCAACCCAAAGGGCGUCCUCCUCUCGCACAAGGCCAUCAACGUGCUCGUGUCUGCGACCCGCUCGCCCACGGGCGCCCUCGGCGCCUUCGUCAAGCCUGGCUACCGGUACAUGGCCUACCUCCCGCUGGCGCACAUCAUGGAGCUCGCCGUCGAAAUCGCGCUCCUCUCCGCCGGCUAUACCAUCGGCUACGGCUCGACGGGUACCUUCAUCCCGACGGCGCCAAAGAUGCUGCACGCUAAUCAAAAGGGCGACGCGCAGGCCUCCGCAUUGCAGCCCGACAUCCUCGUCGCGGCUCCCGCUGUGCUCGACAAGAUCAUCGACGGCGGCCUCACUGCUGCGCGGCCAUCACAGCUAUUUGGGGCGCUCAGGUCGGACUGGGCUAGCAUAGGCGGCCUCGAGUCUGGCAAGAGCAACUUCGACAACGGCGGCUGGGGCGCUAGCGGCUGCGUGGCGCCUUUCUUCUUCAAGAAGAAGGUCGCGUCCCUUCUCGGUGGAAAGGUCAAGCUUGUCAUCACCGGCUCGGCGCCGCUCGGCGUCGAGGUGCAAAAGUUCGUUCAGACAGUCUUUGCCUGCCCCGUCCGGCAAGGCUACGGCCUGACCGAGACGGUGGCGGGCACGUGCAUUACGGACCCCACCGACAACGGCACGUCGGUCGUCGGUCCGCCACAGGAGUGCGCGUGCAUUAUGUUGCGUGACUGGCCCGAGGGAAACUACCAGAACGCGGACCUCAACAACCCGGACAUUGGCAUGCGGCGCGGCGAAGUGCUUAUCGGCGGGCCGAUGAUCGCCGACGGCUACUUCGUCAACCCGACGAUUCCCGACCCCGAACUGGAGGCAAAGAACAAGGAGGAGUUCGUCACGUACGAUGGCAUCCGGUACUUUUGCACCGGCGACGUCGGCCAGUUCACCUCGCAGGGGAACUUGAUGAUCAUCGACCGCAAGAAGGACCUGGUCAAGCUGCAGAUGGGCGAGUACGUCGCCCUCUCCAAGGUGGAGAACGCCCUCAAGGCGUCCUCGUACGUGGCCCUGCCGAUGGUAUUCGCGACGUCCGAUAAGUCUUACUGCAUCGCGCUCAUAUGCCCGUCACCGGGCCUGAAGUCGUUGGGACAAGGCUCGUGGGCCGAGCUGUGCAAAAGCCCCGAGGUCAUCAAGAAGGUUCUUGCCGACGUGCAGGCCGUGUGCAAGAAGGCCAAGCUCGCAAAGUUUGAGACGCCGUCCAAGGUUAUACUGAUUGAGGAGGAAUGGACGCCCGACAACGAGAUGCUCACCGCGGUCAACAAGCUCAAGCGCAAGGAGAUUGAGAAGAAGCACAAGGCUGAGAUCGCCGCAGUCUACACGUAA